AUGACGGAUGUCUUAGAUGUAAACAUCAGGCAUUUACCUGAAAAUAUUUUACUAGAAAUACUUUCAUAUCUCUCUGUCAAGGAUUUGUGUCGAGCAGGAAGUGUAUGCAGGGCAUGGCGUCGUGUGGUGAGGGACAAUACACUGUGGAGGCAUGUAGACCUCCUUCCUUACCGCCUUAAUCUACAGAAGAUGUGGAAGGUCAUUCGCGCUCACUUCUCCGAAUGUCUCCUCACGAUGAAAGUCUGCGGGUUUGCGGAAUCAGGUGGACCUAAACAAAAGAAGCCAUCUCUAUCUGAUGCGAUGUUAAGAGAUCUCGGAGAGAGAUGUCCAAACAUCCGUGACCUUCACCUUCAUAAAUGUAACACUGAUAACAUCUCCGCCAGCAACCUUCCCAGCUCUCUCACUCGACUGGUUAUCCAUGGUUGCUCAUGGCAACCACGGUGGCUGAAGGGAAAAGAAAAGAUAUUGCAGAAUGUUGUGGAUUUGGACCUUUCCUGUUGCUGUAGGGUGGACAGUUUUGAUAUGCAGGAUAUUGGAAAAUGGAAAGGGUUGAAGACAUUGAAGUUGAAUGGACUUUAUAGAUUGAAUGAGAAGGGAAUCAUGCAUAUAGCGACAAACCUACCACUUCUUGAAAGACUGGAGCUUAGUUAUACGCAAUGUACAGAACUCGCAGUUCAUCACAUAUCACGGCAUCUCAAAAAUCUUCGUCACCUGAAUAUGGCAAACUGUAGUCUACUAAAUGAUUCUGCUGUGGUGACCUUGUCGUCGGGCCUUCACAAGCUGGAGUACCUAGAUCUCAAAUCUAACAGCAGACUCACCAUUUCAGGUUUGUCCUCACUCAAGGCUUGUAAACGGUUGGGCGUGUUGGUGUUUGACUUCAAAGAUGACACUGAAAUACAGCUUUUACAAUCAGAGUUGCCAAGUUGUACAAUGAUCAAUGGUGAUGUUUGAAAGAAUUUUUAUUUUAAAUGUCGGGGGGAAAAUAGACACUAAACACUCAAAAUUUUCAAGAACAAUGCAUACCUGUCUAUAAUAACCUUUAAGUACCAUCAGUAGAUGAUUAAUACUGAAACUCAAAAGUCUUGGAAGAUUAACGGUUAACUGUUUUAACUCUUUUUGAACUGGGUCACUAUAUAAUCUGGGAAAAACACUUAAUGAAAUAAUGCUUUCUAUGGUAAAACAUGAAAUUAAAGAGUUCAAAGUUUUACUUUACCUGUAUAACUUUUGUAGAAAAUGAUGGCAUUCUAUAUUUAUACAUAUAAUAUGAAUAGAUAUAUUUAUAUAGAGAUACAAUUUUUAUGUCCAUCCUUACAUAUUAAGGGGGGAUAACUCAUUCUUAUUUGGUGUUGUAAUCUGUUAUUUUUGAGCCAUGGGAUUGUGUAAGUCUCUGACAUGAUUCAUUUAUUGCAAAAUCAUAUAAGAUUCAAGGGUUCAAGAUUUUGUUUGAAAAGGGAUUUGCAAAAUCAAGGUUUUAUACCUUAAAAGACUUUUUAUGGAAAUGGUCUAAAAAAAUUUAACCUAGCUACAUCUUCCAAAAUUUGGAUAUUUGUUCGCUAUUGUUUAAUUUUAACUAUAUUUGUUAGGUGAUAUUAAUUUAAGGAACAAGAAGUGCUAUGCAAGUAGAUGUAAAAGGGAGAUUCCACAUCAAAAUUGAAGGAGGAUUUAUGCCUAAUGUGUAAUAAGGAUGACAGAUAUUUUAUCAACUGUUACAUCAUUGGAUUAGAUCGAUUACAAUUAUUCAUGUCUCUCCCAUUGGUGAUUGAUGUGGUGUACAGCUCUGUGUAUUUAAGUAUAAGCUGUAUAUAAUUUACUCUAUAAAGAAUUGUUAGGACAGUAGGUCCUCCCCUACCCUAGACCUAGUUAUUGACUAAUGUUAGGACAGUA